AUGUGGAUCUCUCCUGGGUUCCCACUGUCUGUCCUCAGUCUUGCAGGUCAGGUCCCGCUGGACAAGCCCACCGCACCAUCCCCUGCCAUGUAUCCUGCUACCCAGGAUUUCGCGUUCAAGCAGGACGCGGAGACCUUCGCCCCAAAGGAUCUCGUGGAACUCUCGCGACCUGGCACAGCUGUCGCCAAUCCCGCUGGUGACUUGGUUGUCGUGCCCGUCACCAAGUACUCCAUUGAUGAGGCAAAGAACUACAGGUCGAUUUAUAUCGCCCCGAUCGAGCCGACCAUCCAGCCGCUUGAAAUUCCGUUAGCUAACGGGGGGGAGGCGUUCUGGCUUGAUGCGCGCACAUUGGCUCACGCCGUCGCCGAGGGGGACGACAAUGACAAGGUCACAGCCCUCUACGCCAUCUCGGUAAAAUACGAAGCCGACUCGUCUGCAGGAAUUCUUAGCGUACCUGAUUCGCCCAAGCUCAUCGGUAAAUUCCCGACAUCGACUGCGACGAAUUUUAAGUACUCGGACAAGGCGAAUACCCUCGUUUUCUCUGAUCUAGUACACGCGGAUGGUGAUCUCACUGCCGCAAAGAAGAACGAUGAGGCAUGGGAGAACAGAGGUUACUCGGCCUUCGUAUACGACGAGACUUACGAAAGGCACUGGGAUACUUGGAUGGGUCCUAAACGGCCCUCCCUUUUCUCAGUAACGCUUUCGCAUACGCCGGGAAAGGACUGGCAGUUUGGCACUGACUUUGUCAACCUGCUGAAUGGCACUGGGCAUCAUUCCCCUGUUGAACCAUUUGGUGGGACAGAUGAUUUUGAUGUUUCAGAUACCCAUGUGGUAUACACCGCAUUGGACCCGACCCUCCCCCCUGCCUGGCACACGAAGCAGAAUAUUUACAUCACAGAGUUGGGUAGCGAGCAGAAGCCCAGGGAACUCACCUCUGGAGUUCAUGGUGCUACUCACGCUCCAGUAUUCAGUACUAAGGGGGAUAAGGCAGCUUGGCUACAACUAGACAAGGACGGCGCUGAAGCUGACAGAGCGAAAGUCGUCGUAUACGAUCUCACCACGAAUGUGAAGUAUACUCUCACUCAACAUUGGGACCGUUCUCCAGAUGCCCUUGCCUUCUCGAGCGACGACAAGACUCUUUACUUUACGGCUGGUGACCAUGCACGCAUAAAGAUAUUUGCGCUCCCUAUUCCUGCUACUCCGUCAGCCUCAACAGCUGAUCCGGAUCUGUCAGAGGUGUACAAAACGCCUUUGGAACUCACGUCUAGUGGUGCUGCAUCUGGCGUGCAAGUAUUGUCAAACGGAAGGCUGGUGUUUACGCGUUCCUCGCUUGCCUCCCCCAACGAUGUGUUCGUGUUACAUGGUUUAGACAGCUUAGAUCUGCUCUCUAAAUCGUCGCGCGAGUCAUUCAAGGGACAAGUAAACCAACUCACUCGGUUCUCUGAAGAUGCGCUCAAGGGAAAGAACUUGGAUGCCGGAGAGGACUUCUAUUUUGACGGAGCUGAGGGCGUAAAGGUGCAAGGAUGGAUCCACAGGCCCCCUGGCUUCAAGCAAGGCGAUACGAAGAAGUGGCCCGUCGUCAUGUUGAUCCACGGAGGUCCGCAGAGUGCUUGGGCAGAUCAGUGGUCGACUCGGUGGAAUCCCAACAUCUUCGCCCAACAGGGAUAUGUUGUGAUCGCUAUGAAUCCUACGGGCUCUACAUCAUUCGGUCAAGAAUUCACCGAUGCUAUCUCUGGUGACUGGGGAGGGAGACCAUUUGAAGAUAUGCAGAAAGGCUGGGCCUACGUCCUCAAGAACUAUCCAGAGAUCGACCCCGACCGUGCAGUCGCUGCAGGUGCCAGCUGGGGUGGAUACGCCAUCAACUGGAUUCAAGGUCAUCCAGAGUUUGGCUUUGGCUUCAAGGCACUUGUAUGUCAUGAUGGGGUCUUCUCUGCAACUUACAACGGGUAUUCUACCGAUGAACUCUUCUUCUUCAACAAUGAAUGGAGAGGUCGUCCGUGGGACCCCGAGGCUAAGGCUCUUUUAGCAAAAUACGAUCCUACCAACUUUGUCCACAAGUGGUCCACGCCCAUGUUAGUCAUACAUGGGAGCAAAGACUACCGUCUCCCCGAAACAGAUGGUAUUGGCGCCUUCCACGCACUUCAAGAGCUUGGUGUUCCCAGUCGCCUGGUGCUCUUCCCUGAUGAGAACCAUUGGGUGAUGAACCACGCUAACAGUUUGAAGUGGCAUUACGAGGUUUUCAGAUGGUUCGAGAAGCAGUUGAACUCAGGCCGAUGA